AUGAAAUUCCAAAUAUCUUUGAUAAAAAAUUUUUGUUUCGACGAUCAGAAGAUUGACUGCCAAUGUGAGACCUAAUAAUUUUCAUUAUGCAGUAUACAUUUAAAUAUACAUAAAAAUCGCAGAAGAGAAAAUAUAAAUUAAAAAAAAAAAAAAAAAUUGAAAGAACUAAUUAAAAAUCAAGAAAAGAAUGAACUUUAAGUAUAUUUUACUAUUAGUUAUCGUCCUCUUUGCUACAGUCAGUGCUAGCUAAGAAGAAUGCUUUGCUUAGUGUGA